GUUAUAUUGUACUAAACAUGUCUGUGCUUAUGAGUUGCCGAUCAUGGUAAUGUUGUAUAUUAAGUAGUCAUUGUGUGCCACCGAGUGCACGCGUGCACAUUUAUUUUGUUAAAAAAUAUACAUUUACAAACAAGUUACUUCAAGAUAUUCGUACAUAAUUGUGAAGCCCGUAUUAUAAAUACAUAAAACCUGUGUCACUAUGAUCUCAUUCACAACAAACCCAUAUAAAUAUCGAGAGGGGUGCGAAAAUUAGUGUGCAUGCGUCGCGUCGUUCGCCAAACAGUGUGUGAGUCAUAGUAAGACAGCCGCAGUGCUGCGCCAGCCGCCCGCAUGGCCGGACACGACGUCGCCUGCUGCUGCUACCUGCGGCGCUGCGCGUGCGGCCGCUGCGCGCACCCGGGCGGCGGCGCGCUGUGGCGCGUGGCGCUGGCCGAGGCGCUGGGCGCGGCGCUGCUGCUGCUGCUGACGUGCUGCGCCGUGAGCGCGCCCGGCGCGGCGCAGUCGGCGCCGGCGCGCGCGCUGGGCUCGGGGCUGGUGGUGGCGCUGCUGGUGCAGUGCCUGGAGCGCGCGUCGGGCGCGCAGCUCAACCCGGCCGUGACGCUGGCGGCUCUGCUGUGGGGGCGCAUGUCGCGGCGGCGCGCGGCGGCGGAGGCGCUGGCGCAGCUGGCGGGCGCGGCGGCGGGCGCGGGCGCGGCGCGGGCGCUGCUGGGCGGCGCGGCGCGCUGCGGGACGCGCGGGACGCUGUCCGCGCUGCCGGCCGCGCUGCUGGAGGCGGUGCUGGCGGGCUGCCUGGCGCUCGCCAACUGCGCCGCCUGGGACGCGCGCAACGCCGACUUGCGAGACUCCUGGCCGCUGCGCAUCGGACUGUGCGUGGCCGGCCUGUCGCUCGCCGCGGGCGAGCUUACGGGUGCCAGCAUGAACCCGGCGCGCAGCUUCGGACCGGCGCUAUGGAGCGGCGACUGGGCUGACCACUGGGUGUACUGGGUGGGCCCGCUCAGCGGCUCGGCACUUUUCACCACCGCCUACAUGUGCGCGUGGAAGCCGCGCUGUGACGUCACGCCGCGCUGCGCCUGCGACGAUGCCUCGCGCCGCGGCUCGCGUGACGUCACCUCCGCGCCGCCGCUGCCCGACAAGCCGUGUGCCGAGCCCUAGCGAGCCGUGCCACGUCACGUCACGUCACGUCACGUCACGCCGCGCUGCGCCUGCGACGAUGCCGCGGCUCGCGUGACGUCACCGUCGCGCUUAUGUUUGUAUAUGUAUAAACUGUAGUUCUAUGUAUAGGAAGCUACUAUGAGAGGCCAAAAAAUGUUGGUAAUCAUUACAAAGGUUUUUGUUUAUCUCUAAGAAUAUUUUCUGUUAAACUAUAAAAAAAUAAGAAAAAGCAAGGUUUUAUCGUUCCA